CAUUUGCUGAUUCACAGCGCAGAUAGAACAUUUUUCAAUGUAGGCUAGUGCUCGGCACGAUCAGCUUUUAUGUGAUCCAAUUUUCAGUGUUGACGUCAGCAAACAAACCUGGUGUUUGUGUGGCUUCCACCCAUAUCAUGUACUCUGUUAUUGUUAAGAAAAAUAAGGAAUUACGUCAGAGUUUGUUGCAGCCGGUAGUAGUAACAAAAAAGGAAUGAAAGACGGUUUUCCGACAUCUUAUGCGUUAUUUUAGUUACCUUUGCUAUGUCUGUUUGGCAGUUAUUAACUUAAAGUAUCCUAGCAACCGCAUCUUACAUUGAUAACGCAAAAGAAUUACGGUAUAUUAGUGACAUGUGGAAAUAAAGCAGUUCGAAAGUAAAUCUAUUCAUGUGGUCAACUAUAUUGGAAUGUGACUAGUACAUGUUAACAAAAGUAUUUGUAAUAGUUUGGUAAUUUUAUGGAAAAACAACGUUAGUAUAGUCUAUCGAGUACACAAUUUUUAUUUUAACCGUUUUUCUAGGCGCGCAGUGUACUACAACUUUGGCUUUUGCAGCGGCUGUUACGAUUUACAAUUAGAGAAUUAUAUCUAUAUGCGCAGUAUGCGGGUAGCCACUAGCCAAUGCAUAUAAAUAUAACUGUAUUUCUUCUGUUUCUUCUUCAUUUACCGUUCAAAAAGACGAUGCAAACAACAAAUUUAGACCACAACAUCUCUGCGUUAUUAACUGAUCAGACCUUUCAAUCUUUCAAUCUUCUUUUUUGAGAGCUACAUUAUUCUUAGUCGCGAAAGGACUUGUCAACGCAACGGAUAUGGCAGGAGUAAAUCCAUCACUGAAGGGGAAACCAAGUAGCCGAAUUCCACGGUUGCAACGUUCCGCCUCUUUUCACGGAGAGCGGAGAAAAUCCAGCAUAACACAAGAGCAAGAAUUCACGGAAGAAGACUUGACAGAAGCGCAAGACGAUGUCGGCUCUCUGAGCAGCGUUUGCAGCGUCGCUUCAUGUGCAGUGUCGAGUAGGGCUUACCCUGCCUACCGUAAAGCCGUCGAAACUGCUUGUGAUUUUCAGAAAGGAAAUAACUCACCGAAAUUUACAUUUCACUGCUCUACUCCUACCAACGGCUGCCAGGGUGAAUAUUUAACACCCACGCAACGAGCGAACAGAACCAUCCGUCAACUCAAGUCGCUGCUGAAAGAAUCGGAGGCCAAUAGCAAUUAUAAAGAAUUUGAAAUUCAACGCCUUACCCGCGAACUCGUCGGAUUACGCCUGGAACAUGCUCAGUGUGAGAAAAGGAUAUCUGGAGGAGAUAAAGAGUCUGAUGGUGCUACUCAUUUAACGGCACCCUCUCUAGCCGAUUCGGGUCAUUUUGACGAUCUAUCUUAUCAUCCUAGUCAGUUCAAGGAUUCCUUUGCAGAAAAAGAUGCCGACCUGUAUUCUGGAGGUUGGACGGCCGAGAAAAACCGACUCACGAAUGCCUACUUAGAGAAAAUAGAGAAUCUAACAAAACAACACACCAACGAAAUGCAGGACGUGAAAAGUCGAUUCACAGAUCGACUUGAAUCGGCUUUAACCCAACUCAGUGAUUCCAACACUCGUUACGCAAACCUGUUGACUAGCCACGAUUUAACUCGAGAAGAGCUGGAACGAGUGGGAAAGGAAAAGGUUUGUUUGCGUCAGCACAUUGAAUCGCUCGAACGAAAAAUUGCGCAGCUUCAAAAUGACAUGGAAGAAAGAGAAACAUUGGAAUAUGAAACUCGGGAGAAAGAAUUGAUUCAAAUUGAAUCUCUAACUCGAGAGUUGGCAGAAAAAACUGAAAUGAUCUCAGAACUACAAUCAAAAUUGGAAGACAUGUCAGUUGUUACUGAUUUAUCAACGACACCGAGUAAUGACCAAGGAGAUUGCUCCGAGACCCAGCAUUUGCAAACCGUGGCUUCCGCUUUAGAACAACAGGAGGAGCUAAAAGAUAGUUGUUCCAGAAAAUGCCUGAAUAAAGACAGCAAAGACGACACGAAUCACAUCAACCAUCCAUCAGCAGAUCCCUCCAUACUUCUCAAAUUUUUGCGUUCAGCAAUAUUUUAUUUAUUAACAGACAGUGAAAACGGAGCAGAGCAUCUACGAGCUAUUCAGAGUAUACUGGAAUUCAGUCCAGAGGAGCGGUAUGCGGUAGAACGUGCAGCAAGACACGGUUAUUUGUAAAAUUUGCCUUCUCUAUCCAGACUCAUUUUAUUCACGAACAUCUCACUACAGAAUUUGUUAUGACAGCUUCAUUAACACGUUAUAUAAAAAUACUAUAAGAUUUAUUUGUUAGCAAAUACAAAGCAGUUUUUACCUUCAAA